AUGGCUAACAUGGAAGCAGUGAUGUCGCCCCCUCCGGCUGCCGAGAGCGCUGCUGCCGAGAGCGCUGCUGCCGAGAGCGCUGUUGCUCCCGCCGCUGCCCCCGCUAAGAAGAAGCAGCGACACAACAGCGUGGGUGACCACAACAUCCUCCUGCUGGACACCAACACGUACAAGCUCUUCAAUGCGCCUCCCUCUGGCCUCGACAACAUUGAGGAGGUGCUCCAGCGCAGCUCCGGAGGGGAGGAGCCUCUCUCCCAGCAACGCCUCUCUAAGGCCAUUCGCACCCUCCAGAAGCAGGCUAAGAAUGAUGAGACCUUCAAGCGGCUGGAGCCUCUCAUGGGGCACACUGCCAGCUACGAGGGCCGCCCCUGCAUCGUCCUGGGGCUGGAGCAGGAGGCCUGCCUGAAAGAUGACGGGACAUGGGACCCCUUUCAGGUCAGGGACGCUUCGAAGAUGAUGGUCAGUGCGGUCCAACAGCUUGACAUUGCCAUGAACGCCGAGAAGCUGCGCCUGCAACAGCUCGCAGGCUGGUCAGAAGACCCACAGAUAGAUGAGGAGUGCUUGGCUGCAGCUGUGGCCUUCCGUCUGCACUAUGCUGCCAGCACGCGCCGUGGCUUUGCGGUCGGAGGCGGUGCUCCCUUGCUGGCAGAUCGCCUGCAGGCGCUGCACCACCGGCUCGUGGAUGCAGUGCGCUACGUGAGCGUGGGGUUGAGGCCCACCAAGGCUGACGAGGAUGCCAUUCGCAAAGAGCGCCA